AUGACGGAAGCCAACACCAACAGGGUCGUCGGAACAUAUGGCUACAUGGCCCCCGAGUACGCUUCCGAGGGCAUCUUCUCGGUCAAGUCGGACGUGUACAGCUUCGGCGUGCUGCUGCUGGAGAUCGUCAGCGGCAAGAGGAACAGUGGCCACCACCAAUACAGCGACUUCAUCAAUCUGCUCGGAUACGCCUGGCAGCUAUGGAGGGAAGGGCGAUCGUUCGAGCUGAUCGACCCGACGCUGGGCGAGUGCAGCGACGUGGCGGCCAUCAUGCGGUGCGUCAAGGUGGCGCUGCUGUGCGUGCAGGACAGCGCCACGGACCGGCCCACCAUGGCCGACGUGACGGCGAUGCUGGCCAGCAGGGAUGGCGGUGCGGCGGCGGCGUCGCUGCCCGAUCCGAGGCGGCCGCCGCACUUCUCGCUCAGGGUCAGCAGCAGCGACGACGGGUCGUCGGAGGUAAGGACGCGGUCGCACGGCACCGCGUCCGCGUCGUGCAGCGCGAACGACCUCACCAUCACCACCAUCCAAGAGGGCACAUGA